AUGGCUGAUGACAGCUUUCUGCUCUCCACCCUUCCCCGCAAGUAUCUCGCCUCCAUCCUAAAACUGUACACGCGAGGUUUGGAUGAGAUCAAUGACAAUCUCGCAGACAUCUACGCCGAGGCACUGGUGCCGGAUUUCUCGGCUGGCGCGGAACAAGAUACAAACACAGUCUCGUACAAAAUCGACGGUCACGUGAUCGAAAUCCAGGAGCAGCGGAACGUGCUUUCUGGUCAGGGCGGGACUGGUCGACGGACCUGGGAGGCUGCUCUGGCGCUGUGUGAGUGGUUAUCGCACGAGCUGCGAGCUGAGCGGGGUCUUGAGUGUGUUUCUCAUGUUCUAGGGACCUUUGGUUUUCUCGAGGAUGCUCAUGUGUGCGAGCUGGGAGCUGGAACGGGGCUUUCCGGUCUGUUUCUGGCCAAGAACGGCAUCAAAACCACCCUUACAGAUGGUGAUGAUUUCGUGGUCCAACAGUUGCACCGUACUAUUGAAGCCAACAAGCUGCAGAGCAUUUGUUUGGACCGACGGCUGUUUUGGGGCCAGGAUGAGCCGGACAUGAGUGAGAAUGUCACCCACGUGAUUGCUGCUGAUGUCACAUAUGACCCUUCUAUUGCUCCUGAGCUCACAGAAUGUCUGUCUCAGUUUGCCAAGCUCAAACCUGCUCCUAGAAUUAUUGGAUCUGCUACAAUUCGUGACGAGGCGACUUACCAGACGUUUUUGAACGAGUGCCACAAGAGAGGACUAAAGGUACGGCCUCUGAAGGAGUUGGUUCCUCCCUACGAAACGGAUUUUGUCUUCUUGGAUCCAAUCAUGGCUCCCAAGGUGAUUAUUGCCGAGAUUUCCGCAAAAACCUGA